CCAAGCAAACCUGCUAUUUCUUCGCUUGCAAGAACCAUCUUUGCCCAAAAAAUUGCACCCAAAAAAAGAAAAAAAAGAAAAAAGGGGAAAAAAAAAAGAAAAGAAUAAAAGAAAUCGAAAUACAGGAUAUUCCCUUCCUUUAGUUCUUGUGUCGUUUAUUUGUUCUAUCUCAACCAGGAGCUUGGGCGUUUGAUCUUACCAUACAAUACUUCUCAGUAAGGAUUGAGAUGAAUGGAAGUUUGAUAUAAUAUCCUUCAUUGGGAUAAAAUCUCUAUGAGUAAUUAUAUUGCAAUAUUCACAACUGCAAGUCUUCCAUGGAUGACUGGUACCGCUGUCAAUCCUUUGUUCCGAGCUGCUUAUCUCGCAAAGAACGGUGAAUGGGAGGUCAUUUUGGUGAUUCCUUGGCUCUCUUUGAAGGAUCAAGAACUAGUUUAUCCAAACAAAAUCACUUUCAGUUCACCAUCAGAACAUGAGAGUUAUGUUCGUCGCUGGUUGGAAGAGAGAAUUGAUUUUGCAUCUAAAUUCAGCAUAAGCUUCUACCCUGGAAAGUUUUCUGAAGAUAAAAGAAGCAUCCUACCAAUUGGAGACAUCACUGAAUGCAUCCCUGAUGAAGAGGCAAAUAUUGCGGUACUUGAGGAGCCUGAACAUUUAACAUGGUAUCAUCAUGGUCGAAGAUGGAAAACCAAAUUUCAGUUAGUCAUAGGUGUUGUUCACACCAAUUACUUGGAAUAUGUGAAGAGAGAGAAGCAUGGAUCUGUAAUUGCCUUCUUUCUGAAAUAUGCCAACAGUUGGGUUACACGUAUUUAUUGUCACAAAGUUAUAAGAUUAUCAGCUGCCACCCAAGAUCUUCCCAGAUCUAUUGUAUGCAAUGUUCAUGGUGUCAACCCCAAGUUUCUUGAGAUUGGAAAGGUUAAACUUGCACAGCAACAGAAAGGAGAAGUAGCUUUCACAAAAGGUGUUUACUAUAUUGGGAAGAUGGUGUGGAGCAAAGGCUACAAAGAGCUCCUCGAACUACUUUCAGAUCAUCAAAGUGAACUAUCCAGUCUUGAAGUUGACUUAUAUGGAAGUGGAGAAGACUCAGAUCAAGUUCAAGAAGCUGCAAAAAGAUUGAAAUUGGAAGUAAGAGUUAACCCAGGCCGUGAUCAUGCAGACCCAUUAUUUCACGACUACAAGGUUUUCCUAAACCCAAGCACCACUGAUGUAGUUUGCACAACCACAGCAGAAGCACUCGCCAUGGGCAAAAUCGUCAUUUGCGCUAACCACCCUUCAAAUGAGUUCUUCAAGCAAUUCGCCAACUGCCGCAUGUACAAGACCCCCAAAGAAUUCGUCAAAGUAACUCUCAAAGCCCUCGAUGAUUCUCCCAUUCCUCUGUCCGACAAUCAAAUGCACGAGCUCUCGUGGGAAGCAGCUACGGAGAGAUUUGUUAUGGCUGCUGAAUUAAACCAAGGAAAUUUGAUGAGAGUAGCUUCAGCAUAUCCUAAGUCUUCUUCAAUGUCAAGCUAUUUGAAUGCUCGUGAGUUGAGGAAAAGUGUGGAGGAGGCGUCGGCGAUAUUACAUCAGGCUGUGUCGGGGAUUGAGGUUGCGAGGAGAGCAUUUGGUGCAAUUCCAAAGAGUUUGAAGCCGGAUGCUCAGCAGUGCCUUGAACUUGGAUUGGCUUCGGAGCGAAGGCUGCUGCUUCGGAAUUGAGGUUGAUGGAGUUAUCACAGUGCAUAAUGUGAGGGUGCUGAUUGUUGUUGAUGUACAUUGUUCAUUAGAUUGGUUAAGGAUAUUGAUAUUCCGUUGAUGUAGUAGAAGUAGAGUGAUGCAUGCAUUUGUUUCUGUUUUGUGUAUUGUGAAGGGUUGUAUUGAACACUUCAAGCUUGAUGGUAAUGGUAGCUUCGAGCUUAGACUGUGUUAAAUAUAGUAUACUUGAUAUUCGAUUGUUUGGUCCUCAACUUUCUGUCAA